AUUCAGAAAGCCCCAGCCAGUCGGGAAAGCUGGACUGAGGUGAAAUGAUGCUUGUAGGUCGGGCUCUUUAGCACACCGUGUAAGUGUAGGGCGGGCUGCGACUGAACCUCCAGAGAGACCCACGUCUGUCACGUACGAGACCGCCUGCUAUCUGGUGCCUUAUCCUCUUUUCUAAGAUCCCUUAAGGAUGGGGUUAAAUUCAGCAUAGCACUGCAUAUUUUAUCUCGCUUUUAAAAGCGCUUUUCGCAGAUCGUGUCGUGUGUUAUAUUAUUUAUAAGCGAGCUGUAACUCUGAAUCGUGACCAGCGAUAUUCGUCACUCUUCGAUAUUCGUUCAUGAAACACGUUUGCAGCGACAACAUUGCAGCCUAGCUGGUCUUAAAGGGGCAGUGAAAGCAGCACGAAAGGGUAAAAUGACUAUGUCCGUCCCAGAGAGCAUAUCGGGGUCCGGGGGGAAAGAGGAGGAGAGUGAAGAUGAGAGUGAGAUCCUGGAGGAAAGCCCCUGCGGCCGCUGGCAGAAGCGACGGGAACAGGUCAGUCAGGGAAAUGUCCCAGGUAUUGAGAGUGCGUACUUGGCCAUGGACACUGAAGAGGGGGUGGAGGUGGUUUGGAACGAAGUGGAGUUUUCAGACAAGAAGGUUUUCAAGUCCUUUGAGGAGCGGAUAAAGGAGAUGUUUGAGAACCUGAUGCAGGUGGAGCAUCCCAAUAUUGUGAAGUUUCACAAGUACUGGUUGGACAUGAGAGAGAGCAGAGCGAGGGUAAUUUUUAUCACUGAAUACAUGUCAUCUGGAAGCCUCAAGCAGUUUUUGAAGAAGACCAAGAAAAACCACAAAACUAUGAAUGUGAAGGCAUGGAAGCGCUGGUGCACGCAGAUACUCUCUGCACUCAGUUACUUGCAUUCAUGUGAUGCACCCAUCAUCCACGGUAACCUGACCUGUGACACCAUCUUUAUCCAGCACAAUGGCCUCAUAAAGAUCGGCUCAGUUUGGCACAGGCUGUUUGUUAACGUAUUUGCUGAGGCGAUUCAUGGGAAUGUGCAUCAACAUCGAGAUGAAAUGCGGAACCAGCAUUUCUUUGCUCCGGAGUAUGGCAUUGCUGAAGAUGACUACGCCAUUGAUAUCUUUUCAUUUGGCAUCUGUGCCUUAGAGAUGGCAGUACUGGAAAUCCAGGCCAAUGGAGACAUUUCAGUUUCGAAAGAGGCCGUUGAUCAUGCUGGACAAUCACUUGAGGACCCUCUCAUGAGGGAAUUCAUCCAGUCGUGUGUGCACACCGAAGCCAAGACGAGACCUACAGCUCAUGACCUGCUGUUCCACAGAGUGUUAUUUGAGGUCCACUCCUUAAAACUGCUUGCUGCGCACUGCUUUAUCAAUAACCAGUAUCUCCUUCCUGAGAAUUGUGUGGAAGAGAAAACAAAAUCUUUUGACCCUAAUGGCAUCAUGGCAGAGAUUAAUCAUCGUGACCGACCUGGAGUCCAUCUAAAGUACUCUCACGUUUCUCCUCUGGAGCUGGACAAAUUCCUUGAGGAUGUGAAGAACGGCAUAUAUCCCCUCAUGAACUUUGCUUCUCAGCGGCCGCAUCCUAUCCCUCGCGCUCUUUCUUUGUCACAGGAACAGAUGGAGACUGUGAAGACCCCAACCCCAGAACCACAGGAGACUGAAACCAGAAAGGUUGUCCAGAUCCACUGUAAUUUGGAAGCGAAUGAGGAAGGCACAAGGAGUCACCUCUCUCUCUUUUUAAAGAUGGAUGACAGGCUUCACCGUCAGCUCAGCUGUGAUGUUUUGCCAUCGGACACUCCCAAAGAUUUGGCUAGUGAAUUGGUUCACCAUGCUUUCAUCAGUGAAGAAGACUGUGAGAAGUUGGCAUGUUUUCUUGAGGAUGCAUUUUAUAAGCACAGGUCAGGGACGUCCAGCUCUCCUACUGCCAUGGCUGUGAUGAACUAAGCCCAACUGGUCCCAUAAUAGACAAACCGAGAUUGAAGACUGGGUCAGAGCAUGAGGAAAACCAAUGGUGAGAGAUUCAGAAGAGGGAAAUGAGACCAAAUACGCAACAUUACAUGAAUGAAGGUCAG